AUGUUAUCGAGAAUCUGGACCAGGACCAAACCAGCUGCCGUCCCACCACAGAAAGACUCAGAUCCAAAUCCUGAAGAGUCGCUCUCGCCGCAACAGGUCCCAGAUGCCACCCGAGAUGACUCUAAAAAGGAGGAGGACAACAAUGUUCUUCCCAGCGAGGUUCUUUCACACACGGACAAUGUUGACCAGACAGCCAACGGAUCCUCAAUUCUCGAAGCCGUGCGCAUGGAGCAACAACAAUCUGAUACACCACUGGGAGAAGCACCCUCCUCUCGGCACUCCGCCCAGGAAGUACAGCCGUCGCCUGGCUCAGAUGAAGGCGCGUCGAAUGUAGCUCAGGACCCACAGGCUACUUUCGAGAACCAAACCUCUGCUCCGGGGGACCAUCCGAGUCUACCAGGUCAGCCCGUCAACACUCAGGACCCGGGCAAUACUUUGCGGAAUCGCUGGUCACGACUUGCGAAUGCGGCGGAUUCGAUGACUGGAGAUUUGAUCUUGGCGAGCGAUCGUCGACGAGAAGCUAUUGAAAAGAGAAGGGUCGCUCUGCGAGCCAUUCAAGAGCACCUUGAGACUACGCAAGAUCCCUCUUUGCUACAUUUACGGGAUGUGCUGUCCGAUUUGCAAAGCUCUGAGCAGAAAUUGCUGCACCAGGAUGAAGAUCUCGUUCCGCGUGGGGACGAUAUCGUUGCCCAAGGCUCCAAGAUAUUUGGCGUUGAAGCAGAUACUUCUCUUGAGAUCCUUGAUGCACAGGGGAUUUUUGUGCCGCCCACUGCCACAGCCACAGACCCGUCCGUUCUCUCGGCAGACGAUAUCCGACUCGACCGAACCUCGGAGGCUCGGCAGUACCUCUCGAGAAAGGGCGACGUGGACCUUUUGAGGGAAACCCUGAUGACCCUCGAUGGGGAGCAGGACCUGGCUUCUACUUUUCCCGAGGUAGCGAUGCCCGCGGACCAGCUGGAAUCAAGAAGACAACAGCUUGUACUCGAACUGGAGCAAGCGGAAGCGGACCUAGAAACACUUCACAACAACUUGCCAGACAGAAAGGUGGAAAUCCCCGACGAUCAGCUUCGCUCCCUUCCGACGAAUGAAGACGCUUCAUCCCAACAUGACCGUGAUUCAGCAAUAGGCGGCGAAACGUCCGGCCAAGCUUUGCGGGCGAGUACUGGCGGGCAACAAGACGACCAGACCGAGAGCCUUUCACAGAUCCUGGAACACGCGACAGACGAAAGUCAUGUCAGACCAGAGACUCUAGUCAACGCCUAUCUCUUAUAUCAGUUGCGACGAUCUCCUGAAGAGCGCGAGGCUUUCUUGAAGACUGUGGAGGAGAAGCUGAAGUCGGAAAACCAAGCAGGCCGUGCGGACACGAUCAACGACAUCCCACUCGAGUAUUGGUUCGACGACGAGAAGGGAACCAAGAAGUCAAAAAAGUCCCAGAUCUCGCUCACGAAAUACAUCUUCAGUCAACCAAGGUCCAACAUGACCGACAUGGGCACGGCUGAGUAUGGACCACUGACGCAUGGGAAUAGCGAGCCGGCUGACCGUCGGGAGCAUGCUCAGCACGACCCUCGCGAAGAGUUUCGACAACACAGGCUUUUGGCACGCCAGAAAGCCAAGGGCACGAAUUCCCUCCAUUGA